AGCUACCGAAUUCGCUAUUAAAUUAAACAUUUUUAAUAAAUUCCUUAUUGUCGAUGACUAAUUCUUACUGUUAGGACAUGACACAUGUCAAUUGAUACAAAUUUUAAACACUACGAAAGUUUGACUUACAAAUUAAUUUAAUUAAAAUUAUACUAAUUAUGCGGUAAAAAACAGUGGAUGCACUUUUAAUUUGCAGUGUGCAUUUUGUGAAGAAAUAGAAGUAUUGACGAACUUAUCUCGCCUAGGAAUAAAAACUAUUUUAUCGAUUUUACCAUUCUGAUUACGAAGAUCUAUUACAUUUCACCUAAACGACGAGGUCUUAUGUUCUAGAUAAUUUUUAAAUAAUUCUUAGAUAUAUUCAUCUACUUAAAUCUAAUUAGUUUCGACGUGUGAUGUGUACAAAUUAAAAGAAGUUUAUUUUACGGAUUUAAAAUGACAUUUAAUCCAAUCCAGUCGAGUAAUGACUGGAAAUUAAACCGAACUCUUGGUAUUGGAGGCUUUGGAACUGUUCAACUUUGGGUACAUGCCCGAAGUGGCAAAAAAAUUGCAAUAAAAAAAUGCAAAUGGGAUUAUUCACAAUUAACACCAGAACAACGAAAAAGAUGGGCUAAUGAAGUUGAUAUAAUGAGACGUCUGAAGCAUCCAAACAUUGUGAAAGCAGGACCAUUACCAUUCAAACUUCCAGAUGUAGAGGAAAAUCUGCCAGUUCUUUGUAUGGAAUAUUGUAGAAAAGGAGACUUAAGAAAAAUUUUAAAUAAAUCAAAAAAUUGUUGUGGAAUUAGAGAAAGAAAAGCUGUGAAAGUAAUGACUGAAAUUAUAUCAGCUGUAGAAUAUUUGCAUUCUUGUAAUAUAACUCAUCGCGAUUUAAAGCCAGAAAACAUAGUUCUCCAGAAUGAGAAUAAUAUACUAUCAUAUAAAUUGAUAGAUCUUGGAUAUGCUAAAGAACUUGGAGAGGCUAGUACAUCUGCUUCUUUAGUUGGUACACUGAAUUAUGUUGCUCCAGAACUUCUAUGGAAAGAAAAAUAUAGUUGUUCAGUUGAUUAUUGGAGUUUAGGUAUAUUAUUUUAUGAACUUGUAACUGGAAUGAGGCCAUUCCUACCAACAAUGCAACAUACUAUGGAAUGGAUGAAACACAUUCAAAAUAAAGAUUAUGAAGAUAUUCAUGCUUAUGAAUCAGAAGGGAAAAUUAUUUUUGGAAAAGACAUUCAAGAUCCGACUCACUUAUCAAAUUAUCUUCGAAGCAAAAUGGUCCAUUGGUUUAGAUUGGUUUUACAAUGGGAUCCACGAAAAAGAGGCAAAGUCUUCAACGAAUCUGGUAUGGGUUAUUUGAUGGUAUUCAAGAUGCUACGACAAAUAUUACCAAAAAAGAUAUUAUAUGUUUUCUGUGUCCCGCUUUAUAAAAUAAAAACAUAUGAAAUAGAUGGUAACACUACUGUGAAAGAUGUUCAGUUAUUAAUAGAAAAAGAUACUAAUAUUGAAAUUGAACAUCAAAUAUUAACUGAUUACAACGGUACAAUACUAAUUGAAAGUACUGCAUUACUUGUCUCAAAAACUAACGAUCAAGUUUUAUUUGUCUUCAGAGAUGGAUGUUACUUAACUGAAGAUACACCUACAUUGAAUAUUCCCAUAGAAGUGGAGAAAAUGAUAAUACAAUCAAAAGAUGAAUUGACUUUUGAAGUAUUACAAAAUUAUUAUCGUCACACGAUCUUUUAUGUAAAAGAACAAGUACAUUUAUUUCAGUUAUAUGUAUUUGCUUUUAGUAUAAAUGUAGAUUUAUUACAUCAGAAAAUCAAUACAUUUAAUACAAAUAUGGAAAAUACAUUGGAAUGUACAAAAACUCUUAUGAAUCAAGUACAUGUGAUUCGUCGAAGAUAUGAGAAUCCUACGACUGUAGAUGCAACUGACAAAAAGAAAAUCUUACAUAUUUAUUUUGACAAAGUUGAUAAAUUGGUCAGUGCAGCUGAUCAAAUAAAAAUCAAGUUUAUAUCUUUGAAGGAAAAUAAUGACAAAUUCAGAGAUAAAAUUCAAAGUAUCGAUCACAUGAAAGAUUUGUCGGAAUGGUACCAUAAAAUAUGUAACAUACAUGUGGAAUUUAAACAGAAAAAUACUCAUAAGACAGCAAAACCACUGGAUAUGGUAAAGUUGGUGUUUGAAUUUUUAAAUACACUUGGAAUACAACAUAGCAAGAACAGUAAUAUAAACAGUAAUAUAAGACAAAUAUGUAAUUUGCAAAAUGAGUUAUUGAAAUUGGAGAAAAUAUUUAAUUCAGUUACUGUUAUGACAAAAUUGUAUUGGAAAGAAUAUCAGGAAAUUAUACAAUUGGAUACUGAAGUUACUUCACAAGAAUACAACAGUCGGCAAUUUUUGAAUAUCUCUGCUACUGAAUUAAAUAGCGCCAUUCAAUCGGAGGAUGACGUGAUAUACGAUAAUUUAGUCAUACUUCACACAAUGGAUAAUUUAAUGGCCGAAAUGCAUAAGAAAUAUUUGGAGGUGCUUAAUUUUGACCCAUUAUCGAAGCUGCAAUAGAUUGGAUGCACAGUGAUUAAAAUAAUAUAAGUAUUUUUGAAGCAGAAGAUGAGUAAAAACGAAAAAUUAUAAGUACAAGUUAAAUAUACAAGACAGAUUUGUUUUAAAGACGCGUACCAGACAUCCGUCUGUCUAUUGAUAUUUUGUUAGACUAUCUUAGAAUGGAUCAACGAACUAUUUAAGUUUGCAGCGUGCGUAGUAAGAAGCGAAACGGUCGAGUGAAUCCUACAGUGCGUGACAAUACUUUUUUACUAUACUUUCACUUACGACCUAGAUCUUACUUAUUAUACAUACAAAUAAAUGAAUUACAAAGGAAACACUCUAUUAACAAUUUUAAUGAGAUGUACAAAGUAUAGAAAAAUGUUAUGUUUUAUAUAAUAAGAUAAUAUUUUAUUAGAAAACUGUGUAUACACAUCCUAAAUUGAGGAUCGCGAACAACGAUGUUAAAAUAAAUAUUAUGUUCUUUA